AGUGAUAAUAAAUGUCAAAAUGCUUGAUAUGAUGUGUAUAAUUGUCAAUGUUUCAAAAUAACAGAACUAAAGACGGAAUAGUCAAAUUGUUUGUUUAAUUUAUGGUAAUCCCGAUCCCCGAUAAUCCCGAUAAUGUCGUCCAUACCGGAAGUACCAUCCAAACGAAAAUCGUAUUUCGAUGACGAGUCCACGGAUGUAAAACGAAACAAAUUGGAAAGCAACUUUCCAAUCCAAUCGAAUGCACCGUGUGAAGUAAUUCAGUCGCCUCCAGCUGGAACAGCUGUGAAUAGACGGGAGUUUCGGCGUGUGGGACCAUAUAUUUUGGGCCCAAAACUGGGUCAUAGUGCCGUCGAAAGCAUUUCACAGUAUUUGGCAAAGAAGGAAAAUUCUGACGAAUUUGUACAAGUCAAGAUUCUGCAUUUAUUAAGUGGUGAUACUAGUAGUAAAGCAGCUGUGAUAAAUGAAAGCCAAGCGAAGAUGCUCCUUCAUACUGAGUUCUCUUUGCUGUCGCUGCUGGAGAACGAAAGUGGAGUAAUUAAACACCAUGGAAUGUUCAGUGAUAUUGCCUAUGAAGAAGAAAACCCAGACAACCCAUCAGGUCCACGUUACACAGGAAAGCUUAAAAAACGAUUGGUUUUUGUAUUGGACUGUGUCACUUCCCAUGAAUAUAACCCAAAGUCUAGGGCGUUCACAAACCUUCAGCAGUACUUGGCAAAGGAAAAGAAGCUACCAGAAGCAAGUGCAUUGCAAAUAUUUUACGAAAUCAUAUCAGUGGUCGAGAAUUUGCAUAAGAGGAACAUUAUACAUCGCGAUCUGAAGCUGGGAAAUAUCGUACUGAAUAAGACGUCCAACAAGAUACUGAUAACGAACUUUUGCCUUGGUAAAUAUUUGCUGAACGAAACUGAUAUGCUCUAUGAUCAACGUGGAUCGCCAGCUUAUAUUUCGCCGGAUGUACUAAGUGGUCCUCAUCUCGGUAAACCGUCCGAUAUUUGGGCACUGGGAGUUGUUCUCUUUAUGAUGUUAUGUGGCCGAUUUCCCUUCUACGAAUCGACACCGCCGGCACUUUUUCGUAAAAUACGGGCCGCCGAUUAUGUCAUUCCUUCGGAAGCGGAUAUUUCCACUGCAGCGCAGAGCUUAAUUAAGAGUAUACUGGUACUGCGUCCCGAUCAACGCUUAACCGCUAAACAGGUGCGCGAACGGGUAGGAAAUAUUAUAUUUGGACAGCCUCAGGUCCGACAGUUAGAUCAAUUGGUGCCUACACUUCCUACUGACGAACUUAAGAAGACGAAUAAUAAGCCUUCGGCUAACAGGCGUAUCCCAUCGGUAAGCGUACGAUCCGACCAAGUAGUGCCGCAUGUAGCUAAUCAACAAUCGACGAACCAGGGCUUAACGAAAAACUGUUCAGUGCCUUUAACACCCAUAUCACAAAGUUUCCUUCGUCCAUCAACUCGACUGUCGCUGCAAAACAAUCGAAUGAUUCGUCCAAUGACCCAAAAUGAAGUUGGACAGGUGCAAUUUAUCAUUUUCAACAAUUCAGCUAGAAACCGUAACGCCAACGGCACUAAUGACUCAUCGAAUUGGCAAGCAACGAUUCGCUUUCAAAAUCACAAUGGAGGUCCAAACUCCCAAGUAAUGACGCAACAAAUGCGAAACUUAACGUUGAGAAAUCGUCAAGAAUUGGGUCGGCGAGCAUUGUCUUGGCACGAUGUUGUUCGAAAUGAAUCAAGCAGUACACCACAACCGAACAACAGCACCAGCAACAGCGAUGAUAGCACCUCUUCACGUCGAUCGAAUGCGGAACCGGAACGAGAUUUAUCAACUCAAUCGCCGGCACCGUCAUCAGCCGGAAGUCAACUCAGUGUGGACACCAUCCAACCACUUCUAAAUCUGUUCAAUCGCAUGUUUUGCAUGAGCGAUGACGAGUCCCAAGCAGCUGCAUUAAAUUCAAAUGACAUACAAAACGCUCCGCCGCAGCUAGUUCCAAAUGCAUCAGCAUCAUCGAGUCACCUUUCCAUUCCGAACACCGAAUCGCUUGAAAGAAUUUUACAGGCCAUCAACAACACGUUCAUUCGUAGCCGGUCUCCGCAACCCCGUCAACCAUUUAUCGAAUUCGACGGAACGAUAACUGAAGACUUGGCGACCAAAAUCUGUACGUGGCUUAUCACUAACUAUCGUGAACAUCGUGUGAUUCAACGCGUGUUCAGCGGCAAUACCGACGAUGCAAUUGGUAAAGUUCAAGCAUUUUUGACUAGAUGCGGCGUGGACACACUGACGAUUGACGGUGUGGUUAAAAUAAAACGGGACCAGUCGUUUGAGUUACUGUUGGUGGCAGCAUAUUUGUUACAAGCAUCCGGGUAUACCCACAACUACUUAUUUAGUUAGGAUAAACUGUUUACUGUUUAUGCAAUCAAAUUAAGACUUAACUUUGAGAAUAAAAAGUUUUUUUAAAAGAGAAUUUAUAAA